CAUAUUAUGCAAAUGUCUUGUUUUGGUUCCGUUGCAGAAUGUUUCCCAACUGCAAAUUUGGCAACAAGUGUCUGUUCAUUCAUCCAAACUGUAAGUUUGAUGCCAAGUGCUCCAAGGUGGACUGUCCAUUCACACACGUCAGCCGCAGACUCAACAGCAACCCUACAAGAGCAGAUCCGGCUCCAGCCAGCACCGUGUGCCAUUUCUUCCCAGAGUGUAAAAAGCCGGACUGUCCGUUUUACCACCCCAAAGUGAGUCUUACAUCAGCCCGUUUCAUUUUAAGAGAUACAGUUGUGUUUGUGGAGUUUAAGAACUUCGACAGUCUCUGAAAUGUCAAAUAAAAA